AUGUCAAAAAGACAAAGAAACCCUAAAUUAUUCUUAGGAGCCUUGGUUGCAAGUUCAGUUAUAGCUUUGAGUUAUAAAGUUUAUGAAUAUUAUUCUCAACCGACAAUUGAUAAUGGUAAGAGAUAUACCAAUAAAUCCAUAGCAUUAACAUUAUCCCAUUCAAUAUUGAACAGUAAAUUACCUUUAAAUGAAAUUUUAAUCAAUUCUGACAAUGUUACCUUCAUUUUACCUCCAAAUUUAUCCAUUGAUGAUUUAACAAGUAUAAUAAUUGAAACUAAUGAUAAACCUGAAGUAUUUGAAUUACCUAAAACUUUACUUAAUAACUAUAAAUUAUUGAAUUGUAAUAAUUUCCAAGGUUAUUUUAGUAUAAUUAAGAAUUUAAAACCAGAUAUGUUAUUGGUUUGUGGUGAUGAUUUAGGUUUAUCAACCCAAUUACCUAAAGAUUUAGGUAGAUUUGUUAAAGAAAUUAUUAAUAUUGAUCAAAAUGAUGAUAUAGUUUCUAAAGUAUCACCUAUUUUCAUAAGGUGA